ACGAGUUCAUUCCGCUUCGAAUUCCGCUUCGAAAAUUGUUUCGAAAUUUUCUAAACGGAAUCUCCGGUUGGACUCCGUUUCCAUUCCGUUUAACCAUUUUUGCACAAGGGCGACACCUACUGGUGUACGGUGGAACCUCGUUGACAUUUCGCCGCGAUUCGCCGAAACGGCUUUGGAAUGAAUGUGUGAGUGCAAAGUGUCAAAAACCGCGCCACGACGGUGAUGGAUCUGGGCGUUUCGGGUUAAUUUUGAACUUGUCGCAUCAAGUUCGUCCGUUUCUUGCGUAAAAAUGGUUCUCGUUUUACUGGUCCUUCACCCAAAAUCCUCCUCCCGAGCCGUAGCAGAUUCUUCUUCGCAGGAAUUGUUGCUGCUGCUUCCUAGGAGAUUUCGGCGACGACGAGCGGGAAUCAUCGGAAAGCUUACCCGUGUGUUGAUGACCGCGGAGAAAUGCAACCCAACCCGACCAAUGGAAUCGACCAAGAUCGAUUGGACCACGUCGGGACUGGUUUGUGUACAACGCGUGGGUGACGGCCAAGCCGAUCGAGACGCGUUCUGGAAGAACGCUGCUCUGGUGGAGAAAUACCGCAAUAUGUCCCGAAAGUGAUAGCGACGUGGGGGUGAUAAAAUUCCUGCAAAAUCAGCUGCCAAACCUGAAUCCGACUGUAGAAACUCCGCGAACUGACAGUAGGCUAAAAAGGACGGAGUGUCAAAACCGUAGGUCGUGGAGCUGCGGGAGAAUGCCGAUCGGUCAACUCGCGGUUGCGAGGUCGUGUAGAUGACGAAGAUUGGAUCCGAUGGUCGUGACCCGAUUCUACGAACAGAUUCCAGCCGAAUGCUCCCGGGACGGCAGAAAAGAUCGGCAAAACUUUGGUAACGGUGUUCUUUUAUUGUAAAACCUUUUUAAGAAAUUAAAAAUAUUCAUAAGGGUUUAUGGGGUUUGGGGUUUGUUUUUAUUGUUUAUUUUGUAAAUAAAAUCUUUUUAACCUUAAAAACAUA